CCACCCUCCACCCCAAACAUGGCCGCAAAUCUACCAAUUGAGCUUAUCUACUGCAUCCUCGAUUACCUCGACGUGGAGGACUACCUUGCCGUUUGGGCAACAUGUCGCAAAUGGAGAGCCGCAGCCUCCUCCUCGUCCCUCAUCCGCAACACCCUGCAGCAAGUUCCUAUUCUGCUUCCCUCUAGGACGGAGCUCCUCACGAGGAAGGAAUGGAAUAUCUAUUUCGAACAAGUCGUCCGUCAGAACUUGCUAAGCUACCGCAAACCCAUUCGGGCAACGGUGUCACGAUACGAGCUCCCCCAUGGAUGCUCCCAUUGCACGAUUUACGACACUUCUCGUGAUGGGACGAAGCUCGUGGUCAUGAAGGGCGCACAAGCGUUGUUGUAUGGCCGUCAAGACAUCGACAGUUCCUGGGAGCUCAUUCGCUCCUUACCGCUGUAUGGCCUCUGGACAUCUGUAUGCCCUGCCAUCCUCGGUGGUAUGACGGGGGAUAUGUCACAGCAUGCACACCAUCGCAUAGCGCUGUCUCCAGACGGGCAGUUUCUCGCUGUUGGGAUGGUGUCAACUGUUCAGAUCUACAGUCUUCUCGGGGACCUGGCGGGUCUCACAGCGCCAGCCCAGUACACAUUGAACGAGGACAAUCAAUACCUCCACCCCCCACCGGCCAACUACGAGGAAACAAACGGCCUGAUUGAGUCCCUUGAAUUCGCUGAUGACGAAGACGGCACUCUGCUCCGGGUCGUCAUCGGUCAGGACACCACAACCUACGGACCGACUCGCGUGCGAUACCUGGGCAACCCGGCCCACAAACCCACAGGCGCCGCCUGCUCUUUUGCAUACUGGCGUGAUAACAUCAACCAAAUCUACCUCGACUCCGCAUCUAUGGCCGCCACGCUGAGCGUCGACAACGGAGACAAGAUAUUCCUCCAAGGCCUUCGCCUCCUGCCUCGAAGCUACAGGCCAUCAACCACGAACAACGACGACCCAACACAACCAGCGCGCCGCCACUUCACCGCAUGCCUCCAAACCGGCACCACAAGCACAAGCGGCUACUGCAUCGGCCAGCUGGUUAUCCACACGCCUAGCACAACCACAUCCACACCUCCUCCAACAUCCAUCACCCGCCUCCUCCCUAGCCGCCAUAACCACAUCCCCGAUCUCAAUAUCGAAACCCCACCCACCUCCCCCCCCAGACCCACCUUCCAAUCAAUCGACACCCACCAUAAACUCACAACCCUCCACGCCGCCACGACCGCACGAUGGAACACAGCCAAUCUACCAAUCGCCCCCGCCGCGUCUAGCACGUCAGCCCCGCUCAUCGCGAUCUCCCCGGACGCGACCCUCAUGUGCAUCUACGAGCCAGGCACGGGCCACUACUCCCCGAUCGCACAGGGUGGCGCAGUGUACGUCUACAGUCUG